AUGCAGUGUUUCUUAUAAUUUUACAUUUAAGUGUUUAAUUUAUCUUGAGUUGAUUUUUGUAUAUGCUGUAAUGAAGGGACCUAGUUUCUGUCUUCUACAUAGUGCUAGGUAGUUAUUCCAGCACCAUUUAUUAAAGAGAUAAUUCUUCUCACAUUUCUCUUGUCAGCUUUGUCAAAAAUCUGUUGGUUGCAGGAGGGUGCCAUUAUUUCUGGGCUCUCUAUUCUGUUUCAUUGGUCUUCAGCUUGAGUCUCUCCAGCCUGGCUUAUCAUUGGGCCAUCAGCCCAGGGUCACUGGAAAUUCCCUCAAAAUCACGUAGGUGUCUUUGAGGCAUUUGAGGAUGUUCAGAGCAGAAUUGUGUUAGGCUGACAAGAGUGGCUAAUUCUCCUUCUGUCUCAGUGUAAGAGAAAUUAGUCAUCCUGUGUUUGUUCAUCCCCUCGUUGGUUGGUACCCAGAUGAGAGUUUCUCCAGUUUUCUGGUACUUGGAUGAUAAAGAAGGAAAAGAUCUGGAGACCCAAAUGGAUAAACUAGUUGCUCCCAUUUUAUAGGACCAUUAAAAAAAAAACUAUUAAGCAGUCGUGGUUCCUACAAUCCAGAAACUUUUAGUCUAGACAAGCAACUGGAUAAAUAAUUGAAUUAUGCAUCAUAUGCUUGGUACAAUAAAUAGAUGUGUCCAAACAUAGGAGUUAUCUGUCUUUUGAGGUUUGCGUAAAACUGAUGAUUCUUUAUGAUUAAAUCAGAUUUUAUUUACUUUUUUGAAAGACGAAUAUUUCAACAGUGAUGCUGUGUUCUUCUAUGUGCAUUAGCACAUCAUAAAAAUUUCUCCUAGUGCAGUUAAUGGUUAAUGAUUCACUUGCUUAAAUGGCUCUGACAGAUUGUUUUCACUAUAUAGCUGAUUAUUUUUCUCUUCAUUAUUAAGUAUCUUUUUGCAGCUCAUGUGAGUAAACCAUCACAUUUAAUCUGGCAGUUGUCCUUUCUUCUUAAUUUUGUCUAUAUAUUUUUCUUUGGAAAAUGCAGGCUCUUAUCUUUGUUUACAGGCCAGAAAAACUGAGAAAAACACAGGCUAUUCCACUGACUGGAUGUUUGACAAAAUAUCCUUCUUGGGCCAAAAACAUUGACAUUAUCGGUGAGCUUGUUAGAAAUUCGAAAAAUCAGACUUCAUUCCAGAUCUUCUGGGAAAAAAACCCCUGCACAAUAAGGUCUUCAACGUAUUGUAUAUAUUUAAAUUUGAAAGGUGCCUUCUAACUCAACAUAUCUUUUUCAUCUGAAUAUUCACAACUCAUUCCGUAUGGUGUAAACAUAGCACUCAAAAAUGUACAUGUUUGUGUUCCUUAAUUUUACACUUUACUAUCUAGAAAAAUAUAUGAACUGAUGUUGUGGAUCUCAUGCUGUUCUUUUUCUCAGAGAAUACAUUAGAUAAUAUUUCUGUUUUGAAAGUUAUUUUAUUGGAUAAUUUUAGUCCUAUAAGUCAGAACCAUUUGUGUUUACUCUCUCAUUUCACCUUAAGUCAAAUUAAAAAUUCCACGCAUGACCACUUGGUAAAAACGUAUGUGUGUGUGUUUCAGGGGCCAUUGCAAUUUAGAGACGUGGCCAUAGAAUUCUCUCUGGAGGAGUGGCAUUGCCUGGACACUGCACAGCGGAAUUUAUAUAGGAAUGUGAUGUUAGAGAACUACAGAAACCUGGUCUUCCUUGGUAUUGUUGUCUCUAAGCCAGACCUCAUCACCUGUCUGGAGCAAGCAGAAAAACCUUUGACUAUGAAGAAACAUGAGAUGGUAGCCAACCCCUCAGUUUUGUGUUCUCAUUUUACCCAAGAUCUUUGGCCAGAGCAGAACAUAAAAGAUUAUUUCCAUAAAGGGAUACUGAGAAGAUAUGAAAAAUGUAGACAUGACAAUUUACAGUUUAAAAAAGGCUAUGAAGGUGUGGAUGAGUGUAAGGUGCACAAAAGAGGUUAUAAUGGACUUAACCAAUAUUUGACAACUACCCAAAGGAAAAUAUUUCAGUGUGAUAAAUAUGUGAAAGUCGUUCGUAAGUUUUCAGAUUCAAACAGACAUAAGAUUAGACAUACUGGAAAAAAACUUUUCAAAUGUAUAGAAUGUGGCAAAACUUUUAACGAGUCCUCAACCCUUACUACACAUAAGAAAAUUCAUACUGGAGAGAAACCCUACAAAUGUGAAGAAUGUGGCAAAGCCUUCAACUGGUCCUCACACCUUACUACACAUAAGAUAAUUCAUAGUGGAGAGAGACGGUACAAAUGUGAAGACUGUGGCAAAGCCUUUAGCCGGUUUUCAUACCUUACUGCACAUAAGAUAAUUCAUAGUGGAGAGAAACCCUACAAAUGUGAAGAAUGUGGAAAGGCCUUUAAGCGCUCCUCUAACCUUACUACACAUAAGAUAAUUCAUAGUGGAGAGAAACCCUACAAAUGUGAAGAAUGUGGGAAGGCCUUUAAGCGCUCCUCUAUCCUUACUACACAUAAGAUAAUUCAUAGUGGAGAGAAACCCUACAAAUGUGAAGAAUGUGGGAAGGCCUUUAAGCACUCCUCUGUCCUUACUACACAUAAAAGAAUUCAUACUGGAGAGAAACCCUACAAGUGUGAAGAAUGUGGCAAAGCCUUUAAGUACUUCUCAUCCCUUACUACACAUAAGAUAAUUCAUACUGGAGAGAAACCCUACAAAUGUGAAGAAUGUGGCAAAGCCUUCAACUGGUCCUCACACCUUACUACACAUAAGAGAAUUCAUACUGGAGAAAAACCGUACAAAUGUGAAGAAUGUGGCGAAGCCUUUAAGUACUCCUCUUGCCUUACUACACAUAAGAUAAUUCAUACUGGAGAGCAACCCUUCAAAUGUGAAGAAUGUGGCAAGGCCUUUAAGUGCUUCUCUGUCCUUACUACACAUAGGAGAAUUCAUACUGGAGAGAAACCCUAUAAAUGUGAAGAAUGUGGCAAAGCCUUCAACUCGUCCUCACACCUUACUGCACAUAAGAGAAUUCAUACUGGAGAGAAACCCUACAAAUGUGAACGAUGUGGUAAGGCUUUUAAGCGCUCCUUUAUCCUUACUAGACAUAAGAGAAUUCAUACUGGAGAGAAACCCUACAAAUGUGAAGAAUGUGGCAAAGGCUUUAAGUGCUCCUCUACCCUUACUACACAUAAGGUAAUUCAUACUGGAGAGAAACUAUAAAUGUGAAGAAUGUGGCAAAGCUUUUAACCCACUAUCCUUUUUACACAUAAGAAAAUUCAUAUUGGAGGGAAACUGUAAAGCGUGAUAAAUGUGGCAAAGCCUUUAUUUCAUCCUCACACCUUAGUAGACAUGAGAUAAUUCAUGCGGAAGAGAAACCCAAUAAAUAAGAAAAUGCGACAAAGCCUUUAAGGACACCUCUGCCCUUCCUAGACAUGAUAAUUCAUACUGGAGAGAAACCCUGUGAGUUUGAUGAAUGUGGGAAAGCCUUUAGCCAGCUAUCAACUUUUACUAAAUAUGAGAAUUUAUAUUAAACCCUACAAAUACAAAGAAUGUGACAAAGCUUUUAGGAAGUUCUGAACCCUUCUUACACAUAAUUCAUACUGGACAAAAAUCCUACAAGUUUGAGGAAUGUGGCAAAGCCUAUAACAAGUUUUCAAUUUUUUUUUUUUUUUGAGAUGAAGUUUCAUGCUCAUCACCCAUGCUGGAGUACAAUGCCAUGAUCUCGGCUCACUGCAACCUCUGCCUCCUGGAUUUAAGCCAUUCUCCUGCCUCAGCUUCCUGAGUAACUGGGAUUACAGGUGUCCUCCAACAUGCCCAGCUCACUUUUGUAUUUUUAGUAGAGAUGUGAUUUCGCCAUGUUUGCCAGGCUGGUCUCGAACUCCUGUCCUCAGGAGAUGCACCUGCCUUGGCCUCCUGAAGUACUGGGAUUACCGGCGUGAGUCACGAUGCCCAGCCACAAGUUCUCAAUUCUUAAGAGACAUGGUGAUAAUUCAUACUGAAGAGGAAAUCUACACAGCUAAAAAAUAUGACAGUGCUUUUACCAACACCUCCAACUUCUCUAUACGUAACAAUGAUUAUACUAGUGUGAAACUCUAGAAAUAUAUAAAAUGUGUCAAAGCCUUUAUAUAGUUGCCACACUUGAUUGUAGGUAAGAUAAUUCAUACUGGCAAAACUACAAGUGUGAAGAAUGUGGCAAAACUUUUAAUCAGUUCUUAAACCUUAUUUCACAGAAAAGCUAGUAUCCUUGAGAAAAACUGUACAAAUAGAAGGAAUAUGGAAAACCCAUUAAUUCCUACUCACAUCUAACUCAACAUAAAAAGAUUCCUUUUAAUAAAAGCAUUAAAAUUGCAGUUACUGUCAAAAAAACUUUCAGAAAGUAUAAGUCUUUAAAAUUAGUAUUUUUUGUGAAGACAAGCAUUACAAAUAUAAAGAGGGUUAUAUAGUACAUUUACUUUUAUCACAGAUUUUAUUGCACACAUUUUGUACUGAAGGAAACCCUAAAGCAGUUUCUCAAGCUUUGUUCAACAUCAGGGAAUUUAUAUUGGAGAUGAGUCCUACAAAUAUAUUAAGUUUAGAAAUACUUUUUUUUUUUUUUUUUUUAGAAACUACAGCUUAGAAAACAGCAGAGAGUUUAUACUAAAAUAUAAUUUUGCAGAUGCAGUAAAUAUGAAAAAAUAUUUAAUUCAAAAUAGAUUGUAUAUAAAUAUCAGAGAAGUUACAGUAGAAUAACUAAGGCCCUGAUAUUUCAGACAUUAUACUAAAUCAGAGCAUUGGGUAUAAAAACUAAUCCACAGCAACAGUUUUUAGGUAAAUGAUUUCUAUGUAACUUUAAAAGGAGUAGAUUUUUGGAAGCAUUGUAAUUCCGUUGAAAGUGUAUUUGUUUCCUUGAAUAAAAUUUUUUGAAAGCUGAA